UCUCAAUGGACUUUAUGAAUGUGUUUCUAAUGUCAAUUGAAGAUACAAUGAAUUUUGUAAUAUUAACAUAAAAUCAAAUUGUAUUUCUACUUGUAAUUUAAGAGAAUUGUUUUUUUUUAUACAUUUUUGAAAUAUGACGGAGAUAGAAUGGAUAUCAAAGCCUGUAGAACAAGGAACUGUAAAGUUUGCAUAUCAGGAGGAAGCUAUAGACCAUCCUUUGAAACCAGUUGUUAUCACUUUAAUUGACGGACGUGGUGCAGUCAGACGAAAUGCUUUGCGAAGUACAAGUACUGGUUCUUCUACCGGUACACCAACACCAACGCAUACGCCAAUUCCUGCAAAUCCACUGAGUGAUCCAUUGCUGAACCACUCUUCUCUGGAUGGCUCUGAUCCUUUAACACAAUUUGCUCGAGAAGAACUGGAUCCUCUUUCGAAAAUGGCUGCAGAUGAAUGGGAUUAUUCCAACGUUGCGCUUGCUGGUAAAAAGCUAAAAGAUACAGCAGAAGAAUUAGUAGAACCAUGGUCUAUGAGGCGUUCUGCUAUACUGAGUAAAUAUACAACUUCUGAAAAAUUAUCAAUUGUUACCAGCUUCUUACCAGGUGGAGAAAAAGAUUUUAUUACAGUUGUAAUGAAAGUUCAACCAAGUGGUCCAAUGGUUGACAAAGUGAAAACAAGGCUCGAGCAAUUGGAUGACUUUGAGGAAGGCUCUGUUAGACAGAUGUUAGACUUGUCACAGCAACAAUAUAUCGCGCGAAUCGAGCAAUUGAACAAUGAACUGGUACAAGCUUGGCAUUCUGAUCAAAGAGUAAAGGCACUCAAAAUCGCAAUUCAGUGCGCCAAAUUAUUAGUGGACACGUCUGUAAUGGCUUUUUAUCCAAGCAAGUUUGUUGUCAUCACAGAUAUCUUAGAUAUCUUUGGAAAGCUUGUGUACGAGAGAUUGAAAAUGAAGGCUGAAUAUUACAAAGCGGGAAGUAAAGUACCCACAAGUUUGCCUGAUAAUUUUACACCCGACAUGGUUCCCGAAAAUGCCAAAGAAACCUGUCGGAAUUGGUUUUACAAGAUAGCAUCUAUACGCGAAUUAGUGCCACGUCUCUAUGUUGAAAUGGCGAUAAUAAAAUCAUACAGUUUUCUAACGACAAGUGAGUUUAAUACUGCUCUCUUACGUAUAACUCGCAUGAUAAGAGGAAUUGGGAAUCCAUUAAUAGCGGUUUAUGCGAGAUGCUAUUUAUGUCGUGUGGGAUUAGCGUUGAACAAAACAUCAGAUUUUGAAUUUGUGAGGGAAAACCUGUACGACUUUCUUUUUACGUACCAGCAACUGUUCGGAAUUGCCGUGAAAAAUGAAUUGGCGAAACAAAAUGUCACUCUGCACGCAUAUCUGAAUCUUUAUUCGCCGGCUUUGGAUUGGAUCGUACAGGUCUUGGUGGCAACGUCAGCCGAGAGUCUGCUUGAGGAGGUCCUGUCACGAUGUAAAAAACAAGAAAACGGAUCAUUGUUAUUGAAUACAGUGCUAACUGCAUUUAAACCGUCAUACAUUGCUGCGCGCGCCAUGGACUUUGUGAAUUUAAUAGUGGCGAGUGAAGACGAUGGAUAUCCCCAAUAUCUCUUAUAUCGAAGUUUGGGAGAGUGUCUUGUGCAAGAAUCUCCGCCGAAAGAAGACUGUCAGUCGGUGCUGAACGUGAUAUGGAAGUACAUAACGGAUCUUACAGAUUCCAAUAAGUUUAUGCACUGCAUCGAGAUCUGGAUUCAGUUCACCGUUAUACAUUUUUCUGUAAACGAAUUGAAUUUAUUUUUUGGCAAAAUAAUAGACCAUUUACGACCGAACAAAGCUUUCGAAAACUAUUAUCCGCAAUUGCAGAAUAUUGUUGAGAAAAUAGUCACUCAUACGCAAGAUUUUGAAUCGCUGCUGGCAAUGGAUAACUUUUUGCCUUUAAUCGACUUGUUUCACAAAGAAAAUAUCAAAGUUGAGGUUUGCAAAACUGUUAUAGAAGGAUUGAGCGCGCAAAAUGGACCCAUUACAGAUCCUAUCAUUAUAAAUGCUCUGAUGUUUAUCGCAAGGAUAUUGCACGACUCUGUCAGCGCUCUAACCGUCGAAGAUGAGAAACGGCAGAUCGGACAAUUGAUAUGCGGCCUGGUGCAACGAGUGGAUUACGGUCGCGAUUUUGAGAAGCAGCUUAGUUUCUACGCAGAGGCAAGGGCAGCAUUUCCUAAUCUCGAUAGCGUUCAUGUACAACUUGUACAGUGUGUAAAUAGAUUAUCAGUCGACACUAGGAAGAUAGUGCGCGGUCAUCACACGAGAAGAACGUCGGCAUUCGUGCGCGCCUGUGCUGCGUUCUGUUUCAUUACUAUACCGUCGUUGACUUUGGUCCACAUUCGCCUUCAGUUGUAUCUACUCUCUGGACAGGUCGCUCUAUUGAAUCAGUGUCUAGGCCAAGCCGAUGCCUGCUUCAAGGCCGCUUUAAGUUUAGUUCCGGAAAUGCCGAAAACUAUCGACAUCGAUGGAAGGCAGAAAAGUUCGCAACCUUACUUGCUCUCGUAUCUGUCCAAUUUCUUGUCAACGUUACUCGUAGUUCCGGAUAGUCCAGAGCACGGUGUCUUGUACUUGAUGAGAGGCUUACUCAAUGCUGUUCAACGUUGCUUCGAGGAAAAUACGUCGACCAAGUCAUAUUUGUACUUACGUGUACUCGAUCUUCUCUCAACAAUAGCACAGGAAAAUUAUCCCUAUCAUAUUGAUAAGGUCGAUUCAAACGAUAAAUUGUACGGAUCUGAUCAGAAAUUUAUUGGCGAAGUCAAUAAAAUCUGCUCGAAGAUUGUCGAGGAAAUUCUGAGUCAUCUCAAAUAUCUUGGAUCCACCGAUCAACUUGACAAACAAUCGACUCUGGCACUCGAAUUGUUUAACUGCUUCGUUAUCCGCGCAGAUUUACGGGAUCCUGCAUUGGCAAACAUGGCGGUAAAUUUGUGGCACUUGUCACAACGACACGGUUCUGUGGAUCCCAAAGUAACGAUGAGAACAAAGGCUUACAUGAUGCAGAAAAGUCAUCAUCGAGAAUAUGAGCAUUUCGCCGAUAUACUCAGAAAAACGUCGAGAUGAAUGGUUUUGGCAGAAACUCAUCGACAAGAAUGAGGAACACAGUUUGAACAUAUUUUAUUGGCAGUUCUUUUGGAAGACAUUUCGUGUUUGUGAAAUAAAUGUUCUGCCUAAGUCAAUCAAAUUGAUUAGUGAAUUGCGAAGGAACAAAAUGGAGUAUAAGUAAGUUAUAACAGUUAUAAACAUCUAACUGAGCAUUAUUUUAUAUCAUAUUUUAUAAACUAUAAUGAAUAUUAUAUAAAACACGAAAUAUACAUGUAAAGUUAGCAUUGAGAUGAAAAUUUUCACUCUCACGCAAUAAAAGUGUCAUCUCA